AUGGCGUCUCCUACGAAGAUGAUAUGCUAUAUUUUGCUGGGCCUCAUAUUUGUAUCGACCCUGAUUGACGGUGCGGUGGCGGAAGAGAAGUAUUAUAAUGGUGGGCACGGUGGUGGUGGGUAUGGUGGUGGAGGUCAUGGUAGUGGAGGGUAUGGUGGUGGAGGUCAUGGUGGCGGUGGACACGGUGGGUAUGGCGGUGGAGGACAUGGUGGUGGAGGGCACGGUGGGUAUGGUGGUGGUGGGCAUGGUGGUGGGAGAGGUGGGCACGGUCCUCCUGGCCAUGGCCAUGGACCUGAGAAUUAA